GCUGCGCGGCCGGCCCCCUCCCACGGGAGCCGCGCCAAGGCCCAGCAAGAGUCGGGCGGGAUCGCUAUUGCUUUUGGCGAGCACAUAAAUCCCCGGGCCGACCCACGGCGCACCCAGGUUUCCUCCCGGAGGCCAUUCGGUUUCCUCUGAGGCCCUAUAUAGACGCUCCAGGCCCGAACUGUGCAGAGGUGCGCGCCCACGCCGGCCUCCCGGACCAGCCUGAGCUCGGAGCGCCUCUCGCCCUCAGGUCUCUGCAGCCAGAGGCAUCUGGGGAGGAGGGAGGCGCCCCCGACUCUCCCCUCCCGCGAGAGGGGCUGCGCGGGCCGGGCCGGGCCGGGCUGGGCUGGAGCAGCGGCGGCCGCGGGAGCCGAGCUUGCAGCGAGGGACCGGCUGAGGCGCGCGGGAGGGAAGGAGGCAAGGGCUCCGCGGCGCUGUCGCCGCCGCUGCCGCUCACUCUCGGGGAAGAGAUGGCGGCGGAGCGGGGAGCCCGGCGACUCCUCAGCACCUCCUCCUUCUGGCUCUACUGCCUGCUGCUGCUCGGGCGCCGGGCGCCGGGCGCCGCGGCCGCCAGGAGCGGCUCCACGCCGCAGUCCCCAGGAGCCAGCAUUCGAACGUUCACUCCAUUUUAUUUUCUGGUGGAGCCGGUGGAUACACUCUCAGUUAGAGGCUCUUCUGUUAUAUUAAACUGUUCAGCAUAUUCUGAGCCUUCUCCAAAAAUUGAAUGGAAAAAAGAUGGAACUUUUUUAAACUUAGUAUCAGAUGAUCGACGCCAGCUUCUCCCGGAUGGAUCUUUAUUUAUCAGCAAUGUGGUGCAUUCCAAACACAAUAAACCUGAUGAAGGUUAUUAUCAGUGUGUGGCCACUGUUGAGAGUCUUGGAACUAUUAUCAGUAGAACAGCGAAGCUCAUAGUAGCAGGUCUUCCAAGAUUUACCAGCCAACCAGAACCUUCCUCAAUUUAUGCUGGGAACAAUGCAAUUCUGAAUUGUGAAGUUAAUGCAGAUUUGGUCCCGUUUGUGAGGUGGGAACAGAACAGACAACCCCUUCUUCUGGAUGAUAGAGUUAUCAAACUUCCAAGUGGAAUGCUGGUUAUCAGCAAUGCAACUGAAGGAGAUGGCGGGCUUUAUCGCUGCGUAGUGGAAAGUGGUGGGCCACCAAAGUAUAGUGAUGAAGUUGAAUUGAAGGUUCUUCCAGAUCCUGAGGUGACAUCAGACUUGGUGUUUUUGAAACAGCCUUCUCCCUUAGUCAGAGUCAUUGGUCAGGAUGUAGUGUUGCCAUGUGUUGCUUCAGGACUUCCUACUCCAACCAUUAAAUGGAUGAAAAAUGAGGAGGCACUUGACACAGAAAGCUCUGAAAGAUUGGUGUUGCUGGCAGGUGGUAGCCUGGAGAUCAGUGAUGUUACUGAGGAUGAUGCUGGGACUUAUUUUUGUAUAGCUGAUAAUGGAAAUGAGACAAUUGAAGCUCAAGCAGAGCUUACAGUGCAAGCUCAACCUGAAUUCCUGAAGCAGCCUACUAAUAUAUAUGCUCACGAAUCUAUGGAUAUUGUAUUUGAAUGUGAAGUGACUGGAAAACCAACUCCAACUGUGAAGUGGGUGAAAAAUGGGGAUAUGGUUAUCCCAAGUGAUUAUUUUAAGAUUGUAAAGGAACAUAAUCUUCAAGUUUUGGGUCUGGUGAAGUCAGAUGAAGGGUUCUAUCAGUGCAUUGCUGAAAAUGAUGUUGGAAAUGCACAAGCUGGAGCCCAACUGAUAAUCCUUGAACAUGAUGUUGCCAUCCCAACAUUACCUCCCACUUCACUGACCAGUGCCACUACUGACCAUCUAGCACCAGCCACAACGGGACCACUGCCUUCAGCUCCUCGGGAUGUCGUGGCCUCCCUGGUCUCUACCCGCUUCAUCAAAUUGACGUGGCGGACACCUGCAUCAGAUCCUCACGGAGACAACCUUACCUACUCUGUGUUCUACACAAAGGAAGGGAUUGCUAGGGAACGUGUUGAGAAUACCAGUCACCCAGGAGAGAUGCAGGUAACCAUUCAAAACCUAAUGCCAGCGACCGUGUACAUCUUUAGAGUUAUGGCUCAAAAUAAGCAUGGCUCAGGAGAGAGUUCAGCUCCACUGCGAGUAGAGACACAACCUGAGGUUCAGCUCCCUGGCCCAGCACCUAACCUGCGUGCAUAUGCAGCUUCGCCUACCUCCAUCACUGUUACGUGGGAAACACCAGUGUCUGGCAAUGGGGAAAUUCAGAAUUAUAAAUUGUACUACAUGGAAAAAGGGACUGAUAAAGAACAGGAUGUUGAUGUUUCAAGUCACUCUUACACCAUUAAUGGGUUGAAAAAAUAUACAGAGUAUAGUUUCCGAGUGGUGGCCUACAAUAAACAUGGUCCUGGAGUUUCCACACCAGAUGUUGCUGUUCGAACAUUGUCAGAUGUUCCCAGUGCUGCUCCUCAGAAUCUGUCCUUGGAAGUGAGAAAUUCAAAGAGUAUUAUGAUUCACUGGCAGCCACCUGCUCCAGCCACACAAAAUGGGCAGAUUACUGGCUACAAGAUUCGCUACCGAAAGGCCUCCCGAAAGAGUGAUGUCACUGAGACCUUGGUAAGCGGGACACAGCUGUCUCAGCUGAUUGAAGGUCUUGAUCGGGGGACUGAGUAUAAUUUCCGAGUGGCUGCUCUAACAAUCAAUGGUACAGGCCCAGCAACUGACUGGCUGUCUGCUGAAACUUUUGAAAGUGACCUAGAUGAAACUCGUGUUCCUGAAGUGCCUAGCUCUCUUCACGUACGCCCGCUCGUCACUAGCAUCGUAGUGAGCUGGACUCCUCCAGAGAAUCAGAACAUUGUGGUCAGAGGUUACGCCAUUGGUUAUGGCAUUGGCAGCCCUCAUGCCCAGACCAUUAAAGUGGACUAUAAGCAGCGCUAUUACACCAUUGAAAAUCUGGAUCCCAGCUCUCACUAUGUGAUUACCCUGAAAGCAUUUAAUAACGUGGGUGAAGGCAUCCCCCUGUAUGAGAGUGCUGUGACCAGGCCUCACACAGACACUUCUGAAGUUGAUUUAUUUGUUAUUAAUGCUCCAUACACUCCAGUGCCAGAUCCCACUCCCAUGAUGCCACCAGUGGGAGUUCAGGCUUCCAUUCUGAGUCAUGACACCAUAAGGAUUACGUGGGCAGACAACUCGCUGCCCAAGCACCAGAAGAUUACAGACUCCCGAUACUACACCGUCCGAUGGAAAACCAACAUCCCAGCAAACACCAAGUACAAGAAUGCAAAUGCAACCACUUUGAGUUAUUUGGUGACUGGUUUAAAGCCAAAUACGCUCUAUGAAUUCUCUGUGAUGGUGACCAAAGGUCGAAGAUCAAGCACAUGGAGUAUGACAGCCCAUGGGACCACCUUUGAAUUAGUUCCGACUUCUCCACCCAAGGAUGUGACUGUUGUGAGUAAAGAGGGGAAACCUAAGACCAUAAUUGUGAAUUGGCAGCCUCCCUCCGAAGCCAAUGGCAAAAUUACAGGUUACAUCAUAUAUUACAGUACAGAUGUGAAUGCAGAGAUACAUGACUGGGUUAUUGAGCCUGUUGUGGGAAACAGACUGACUCACCAGAUACAAGAGUUAACUCUUGACACACCAUACUACUUCAAAAUCCAGGCACGGAACUCAAAGGGCAUGGGACCCAUGUCUGAAGCUGUCCAAUUCAGAACACCUAAAGCGGACUCCUCUGAUAAAAUGCCUAAUGAUCAAGCCUCAGGGUCUGGAGGGAAAGGAAGCCGGCUGCCAGACCUAGGAUCCGACUACAAACCUCCAAUGAGCGGCAGUAACAGCCCUCAUGGGAGCCCCACCUCUCCUCUGGACAGUAAUAUGCUGCUGGUCAUAAUUGUUUCUGUUGGCGUCAUCACCAUCGUGGUGGUUGUGAUUAUUGCUGUCUUUUGUACCCGUCGUACCACCUCUCACCAGAAAAAGAAACGAGCUGCCUGCAAAUCAGUGAAUGGCUCUCAUAAGUACAAAGGGAAUUCCAAAGAUGUGAAACCUCCAGAUCUCUGGAUCCAUCAUGAGAGACUGGAGCUGAAACCCAUUGAUAAGUCUCCAGACCCAAACCCCAUCAUGACUGAUACUCCAAUUCCUCGCAACUCUCAAGAUAUCACACCAGUUGACAACUCCAUGGACAGCAAUAUCCAUCAAAGGCGAAAUUCAUACAGAGGGCAUGAGUCAGAGGACAGCAUGUCUACACUGGCUGGAAGGCGAGGAAUGAGACCAAAAAUGAUGAUGCCCUUUGACUCCCAGCCACCCCAGCCUGUGAUUAGUGCCCAUCCCAUCCAUUCCCUCGAUAACCCUCACCAUCAUUUCCACUCCAGCAGCCUCGCUUCUCCAGCUCGCAGUCAUCUCUACCACCCGGGCAGCCCAUGGCCCAUUGGCACAUCCAUGUCCCUUUCAGACAGGGCCAAUUCCACAGAAUCCGUUCGAAAUACCCCCAGCACUGACACCAUGCCAGCCUCUUCGUCUCAAACAUGCUGCACUGAUCACCAGGACCCUGAAGGUGCUACCAGCUCCUCUUACUUGGCCAGCUCCCAAGAGGAAGAUUCAGGCCAGAGUCUUCCCACUGCCCACGUUCGCCCUUCCCACCCAUUGAAGAGCUUCGCUGUGCCGGCAGUCCCACCUCCAGGACCUCCCGCCUAUGAUCCUGCAUUGCCAAGCACACCAUUACUGUCCCAGCAAGCUCUGAACCAUCACAUUCACUCAGUGAAGACAGCCUCCAUCGGGACUCUAGGAAGGAGCCGGCCUCCUAUGCCAGUGGUUGUUCCCAGUGCCCCUGAAGUGCAGGAGACCACAAGGAUGUUGGAAGACUCCGAGAGUAGCUAUGAACCAGAUGAGCUGACCAAAGAGAUGGCCCACCUGGAAGGACUAAUGAAGGACCUAAACGCUAUCACAACAGCAUGACGACCUUCACCAGGACAUGACUUCAAACCUGAGUCUGGAAGUCUUGGAACUUACCCUUGAAAACAAGGAAUUGUACAGAGUACGAGAGGACAGCACUUGAGAACACAGAAUGAGCCAGCAUACUGGCCAGCGCCUCUGUGUAGGGCUGGCUCCAGGCAUGGCCACCUGCCUUCCCCUGGUCAGCCUGGAAGAAGCCUGUGUCGAGGCAGCUUCCCUUUGCCUGCUGAUAUUCUGCAGGACUGGGCACCAUGGGCCAAAAUUUUGUGUCCAGGGAAGAGGCGAGAAGUGCAACCUGCAUUUCACUUUGUGGUCAGGCCGUGUCUUUGUGCUGUGACUGCAUCGCCUUUAUGGAGUGUAGACAUUGGCAUUUAUGUACAAUUUUAUUUGUGUCUUAUUUUAUUUUACCUUCAAAAACAAAAACGCCAUCCAAAACCAAGGAAGUCCUUGGUGUUCUCCACAAGUGGUUGACAUUUGACUGCUUGUUCCAGUUAUGUAUGGAAAGUCUUUGACAGUGUGGGUCGUUCCUGGGGUUGGCUUGUUUUUUGGUUUCAUUUUUAUUUUUUAAUUCUGAGUCAUUGCAUCCUCUACCAGCUGUUAAUCCAUCACUCUGAGGGGGAGGAAAUGUUGCAUUGCUGUUUGUAAGCUUUUUUUAUUAUUUUUUUAUUAUAAUUAUUAAAGGCCUGACUCUUUCCUCUCAUCACUGUGAGAUUACAGAUCUAUUUGAAUUGAAUGAAAUGUAACAUUGAAAAGACUUGUUUGUUGCUUUCUGUGCAGUUUCAGUAUUGGGGCGGGGUGGGGGGCUGGGGGUUGGUAAUAGGAAAUGGAGGGGCUGCUGAGGUUCUGUGAAUGUUUCUGUCAUUGUACUUUCUUCCAGAAGCCUGCAGAGAAUGGAAGCAUCUUCUUUAUUGUCCUUUCCUGGCAUGUCCAUCCUGAUUGUCACUACGUUGCAACUGGAGUUUGAUUUGGAUCUGGUUUUAAAAUUCUUCUGUGCAAUAGAUGGGUUUGAGGAUUUAGCGGCCCUGAUGUCUUGGUCAUAGCCUGGUAAGAAUGUCCAUGCUGAGGAGCCAGGUGUUGUAUUUCUAAUUGCCUGAGUCACACAGAGUAGGGUAAGAGCCUGACCCCAUUCUAUAAAUCAGAAAGCAAGGAUGGAGACCCUUUCCUGCUGCUAUUAUUGGCUCUCUUUGAGGAAGUUGGAGGUUAAGGAAGGAACUUGUUUGUUUCCAUAUACGACUCCUUCUUCUCUCUAGUUCCAGUCUUCAGCCAGUCCAGCGCUCUCUUCCACACUUCAGAGCCCCUUCAGAGAAAGCAUUAGCAGGAAUGAGACAAGGCAGAGCUGCAGUGCCCCCUGAGGCUUCCACACAUCUUUCUGAAUAUUAUUUUUCAAGUAACAAGUGACAGGGACAGCGGAAACAGCUGCCCCCCCGCCCCCCCAUCCCAGCAGCUCAGCUAAGCCCUGAUGAGAAUGAAGCCACAGGAGUUGUCUGAGGUGAACCCAGCCGCUCAGCCACACGUGGAAGCCAUUGCCUUUGCACAUAGUUCUUGGGUUCUUUUUCCUAAAAAGGUAAGGAGCUGAGGUGUGUGGUUUUUUAAUAUUAAGAAUAUAUAAUGGAAAACACACGACUGACGCUCAGGCAUCUUCCCCUACUCCUCAACAGAUCCCCAGAAGACAGCAUGGAAGGCAGUGUAGACAGUAAAUCGGGCUUCAGUUCUAUAGCCAAGAAGAGAUCAGCUGCUGAAACCACCAGUGGGUACCCCAGGCCACCUGCCUUUGAACUUGGGGAUUUGCCAUGUUUGAUCUUGUCACAUACUUGCUUUUUUACAAGAUGAACUCUUUGUAUUUAUGAUUUGGGGGGCAAUGAAAGGUGCAAUGCAGGAACUGCUGCUGCCGAGCUCGCUGGUCACAUGGGGGUGCCAGGCGGGAUUCUGGAAAACCAGUGCACUUAAACUGAUCCUGAAGAGAGCUGUCCCAGCACUCUGGCCACCAGGAGGGCCAGAUUCCCCAGAAACUACCUUUUGCCCAAAGAACAUGCUCAGUAUUUGGGGCAUUUCCUCCCACGAACCCUGACUGCUUCUGUUACCUCAGGGCCUUGGUACCUGGAUACUGCCACAGAAUUGGGGCGGGUGGGGGAGGGGCCAAUUUUUAAAUAAAAUAACUGUUCAAAGUUGGGGGUUUUUUAAAAAAUUAAGAAAAAGGAAAGCUAUUCUGUAUUGCACCUUUUCACAAUUGAAUACAUUUUCUUACAUUUUCCUGUGAUUUUUGAAACUAAACCAUUGUGUGUCCUGUAGUGUCCUAGUUGAGCUGCCGCUCAGCAGCUUCCUCGGGGGGAUUUGGAACACCUGUGUCUGUCGCCGCACUGCCUGUGGGAGGGGCCCGGAGGGCUGCUGGGACUGGCGUCUGUACACACUUGUUUGGCCUUUUCUGUAGUUGAUGGUGUAAACUCUAUGGCUUUUUAAAAACGAUUUCAUGUUUUUAUUUAGUAUUGGAAAUCCAAUACACUUUUUUAAUCCAAUCAAA